AUGGCGAAGACCAGUGAAAAAACUUCACAAGAAUGGUAUUUGGUUGAUUUAAUGUCAAAACUUGAGGAUGAUGAUUUCCCUCUCAAGUCUCCUCUUGACACUCUCACUCCCAAGGAUGAAUAUUAA